UGCUAUUUCUCUCCCUCCCCUUUUCCAGGAGUCGUAUUGAGCGUCGGGGCUGGGACAUUCCUGGUUUCACGACCAGCUUCUCCGCUGCCAUGAUUUGCGGAGCAAUUCGACACUGACUUCAAAGAUGCGUGUGUGGAAGAGGCAGCGGUAGAGACGGAGACCGAGCACUGCAGAAAGUUACAAUAAGACAGACAGACAGAGACAGAGAGAGAGAGCACCAAGUCGGGACUUCUACUGAGAGAAACGGACUCCAGAGAACACUCUCCACCACCGCCGUAACGCGAGUUUCGACCAGGGGGACUUGGCGCACCUUGGCCCCGACGCCUGUGCUGCUUUUACGGGUUUGAAAACUCUCUCUCCCCUCUUCCACUUCUCCGGCUGCUUUCAUGUUCCUCAAGCCGUCUCGCACUUUGAGCCCGUUUCUAAUGGAGGGCCCGGUACGGAUUUGCCAACAGAAGAAUGCGUUUUGCUGCUAAUUCACCGGACGUCUCGCAGCUUUUGCCCUCCUGCAACAGAGGUUUGCUGAACAGACGUGGACGUACUUACUGGACAACACGGCCUCUGGCAGGGGUCAAAGUGCACCAUGGACAGUGGCCUAAGGGUCCUCCUGUCCACUGUGCUGUGUCUCAGCCAGUCUUUGCUGAUCGCCUGCUCAUCUCAAUAUCCAUCUUUCCACUCUGAGCCCGCCUCCUUGGUUCAGAGUCAAGGCUCUGUUGUCCAUCUGCAGUGCUCUGUAAGUCCUCCAUCAGCGGUGGUCUCCUGGCGCUUCCGAGGCCUUCCCCUGGACCGGGACACUCUGCCUAGUGUGGAGCUUGGCAGUGGCUCCCUCACAAUCUCCUCCCUUAUGCCCAGUCAUGCUGGUGUCUAUCAGUGUGUGGCACGCUUAGACCACGGGCCCGCCAUCGCCAGCCGCUACACGCGUGUGGCCAUAGCAGAAAUAUCAAAAUACGAAGAUGGCCGACGGCGGUUGUUAUCAGUGCAGGAAGGGAGCACUGCUCUUAUAGAGUGUCCUCUACCACGUAGCAUUCCUCCAGCUAUUCCAAGACUGAGGAUACAGGGGGAGUGGGUGGACGCUUCAACAGAUGACUAUUUAAUACUUCCAUCUGGCAACCUCCAGAUUAUCUCUGUUUCAGCCCAGCACCAGGGCAUGUAUAAAUGUGGUGCAGUGAACCCUGUUACCAGGGAGACCGUCACACAGUUUCAUGGCACUAAGCUGUCCGUCAAAUAUUCAGACCCCUCCUCCUCAGUGCAGAUCGUUUAUCCCAAAACCCCAAAGACUGUUUCGAUUGAAAAGUCGCAGCCGCUGACCUUGGAGUGUGUUGUGUCUGGUAGUCCUGCACCUGCAGCUAAGUGGUUUAAGAAUGGCAAGGUCAUACCGGGGCCUUCUCACCAACGACAGCACAACAAUCUGGCCUUUGUUCGGGCGAUGAGAAGCGAUGAAGGGAGUUACACCUGCGCUGUUGAGACGGAGCAGGGGACUCUCAUCAGCGCUAACUAUACUGUGAAGGUUCUCGAGCCUGUUUCCAUCAUCGAGGGACUGGCGAACCAGCUCACCUCUCUUGGCUCCUCUGCUCGUUUUAUCUGUGUAGCCCAAGGAAAUCCAUCUCCAAACAUCACCUGGCUGUUCAAUGCAGAGCCCAUCACUCCUUCACAUCGCUUUCAGAUCUCUGGAUCCUCACUUGUUGUUUCAGAUGUGACACGACAGGAUGAGGGAGUUUAUCAGUGUCUGCUGGACAAUGGCUUUAGCUCAGCGCAGUCCUUUGGAAUGCUUACAACUCAAGGAGAUUCACAGUCGGGUCCCACUGUUGGUGCGCUGCCUGAAGCUUCACCGUCACUCCACCCGAUACAGAGCGACGAGGGCCACGAGCGUCUCCUCACAGAAGACGAAGGAGAUCAGAUUAACCUGCCGGCUGAUAGGAGCGGCGACCGUCCUACUCCAGAGGCACCCAUCAUCAUCAGCCCACCUCAGACUCACAAGCCUGAUGUGUAUGACCUGGAGUGGAAGGCGGGGCGCGAUGGAGGGAAUCCCAUCAACGCCUAUUUUGUUAAAUACCGUAAGGUUGAUGAAAUGGGAACGGUGGUGGGAAGUUGGCACACGGUCCGUGUGCCUGGCAGUGAGAAGACCCUGCGGCUGUCAGAGCUGGAGUCCUUAAGUCUCUAUGAGGUGCUGAUGGUGGCUCGAAAUUCAGCAGGCGAGGGUCAGCCGGCCAUGCUCACCUUCCGCACGGGCAAAGAGAAGAGCACCUCCCCCAACAAGAAUCCCUCCAAGCCUCCCGUCAUCUCCGUGCCACCCAAAGCUCCAGAGGACAAAACCCCCAACACGCACUUUGGCGUUGUCAUACAUGACAGAGUUCCAGAGGCUCCUGAUCGUCCGACCAUCUCCAUGGCGACUGAAAGUUCAGCGUACGUCACCUGGAUUCCGAGAGCCAAUGGCGGCUCUCCGAUCACAGCUUUCCGUGUGGAGUACAGACGUGGCCGCAGUGCCGAGUGGGUUGUGGCUGCAGAUAACAUCUCACCUCUGAAGCUGUCUGUGGAGGUUCGCAAUCUGGAGCCUGGAUCCACCUAUAAGUUUCGGGUGGUAGCCAUGAACAUGUACGGUGAGAGCCCCCACAGCAUUCCCUCAAAGCCGUACCAGGUGCCUCAAACCAGCCCUCCUAAGACAGACCGUCCAGUGGUUGGGCCUCAUAUUUCAUCCACGGAUGCUAUCAGCGACACCCAGAUCAUGCUGCGCUGGACUUAUAGUCCCUCGACUAACAACAACACUCCGAUCCAAGGCUUCUACAUUUACUACCGGCCCACGGACAGUGACAAUGACAGCGACUACAAAAGGGACGUGGUUGAAGGUAUAAAAAACUGGCACAUGAUUGGACAUCUCCAACCUGAGACCUCCUAUGAUAUCAAAAUGCAGUGCUUUAAUGACGGGGGAGAGAGUGAAUACAGUAACGUCAUGAUCUGCGAGACCAGAGCACGCCAGUCUCCAGGAUCACCCAGCCAGCACCCUAUUACCCCAUCUGACCCCCAUCCUGUGGAUACCCCAAGCCCUCCUGGAGGACUGCUCUAUGUGAUUGUGGGCUCUGUUUUAACAGUGAUGGUGUUCAUCCUGGUGUCCUUUAUUAUCAUCUGUCUGUGGAGGAAUCGUCAACAGAACAACAUGCACACCUCUCUUGCUGCAGAGUUUGAUUCUCCCGGCUACCUGUACCAGUCACCAGAGUUGAAUGGCCACGUGCUCGACUACACCACGCUGCCUGGCAACAGUCGCGUUAAUGGGGGUAUCCACGGUGGCUAUGGACACAGUGGCCAGAUGUUACCCCAAGGAUGCCAUCACCUCCACCACAAACUCCCGAAUGGCUUGGCACUGCUCAACGGCUCUGGGAAUCUGUACACACCAGGUCCACCGCAUGGCCACAACGGCACCCUGCCGCAUAGCACGCGGGACUGCGAGCACUCACACCCUCACCACCAUCAUAAUGGUGGAAGCAUGUACACAGCUCUUCCCCAAACAGAGUCUUCUGAUUGUAUGAGCUGUCAGAACCUCUGCAACAACAACAGAUGUUACAACAAGACCAAUGGCACUUUCUCCAGUGGCACGCUCCCUCUAAUGCAUCGCGUGGCGACGUGCCAGCAGGACGGGCUGGAGAUGGUGCCUCUGGGCCAGGUUUCAUCACAGUGCCGCGGCCACGAUAGCCACACGCAUUCUGUGGACCAGGAGGCCAACACAGGAUACCGAUCAGAUGAGCACAAAGAGUCUUCGCCCUCACAGCAUUCCUGCUGUCUGAUCAGCAACAAUGAAAACUAUCUACCAGACAACACUGCUGGGGAGGAGCCGGAGUGUGUGGACACGGAGGGGCCUGUGGUGCGCUGGGAGAGUCUUGGCCUGCCAGACUUGGACUGUGACGAAAAGCCUGGGUGGAUCUCCAGCAGCAGCCUGGCGGGAGAGCUUAUCCAGCCUGGCCCGCAGGAGGCCUGAACAUAGCCCACACACAAGCACUCUCUCCCACAGUUUGGAAGUUUAGAGAAAACAGACAGAGAGACUGAACGAGAGCUGUGGAAGUAUCAAGAGUGGAAAAAAGGAAGACCGGCGAGCGAUGGGAUAGUCAGAGACACUGCAUGUUAUGGUGACAAGGACACUAAAGUGUUGAUUGGACUGAGCUGAGAUGAGCAAUGUGGGGAAAAAAGAGGGACUACAAGAGACCGAGAGCGCAGUCAGACGAAGAGAAGCGAAAAGACAUAAAAGAUCAAAAACUCUUUAGAUGACUUAUUUAUUUUUUGUAGUAGUAAAAUAUUAUUUCAUAUGAAUGUAUCUGUUUUAAAGAAAAAAAGUUUGUCUUUUAUAUUAUUUAUGCCUUUUGAAUGAGAAAUACUUUUUAUUUUU